AUUAUCAUUUAAAGGGGCCGCGACCUGAAGUUUUCCGUCCACUCUGUGGCGGCUCUCCGGCUCCCCUCCACCUCCUCCCACCGUGGACGUCCUCAGAUUGAGUUGGAGAAGGGGGACCCCGGUGUGGUGUCCUGGGAAAGCUUGGAAAGGGGGGCCCUGGAGAGACACCCACCACCACCUCCUGCGUCCCCGGGGCUGCUGAAUCACCGGCGAGGAGUCUGCAGGUGCUUGAAUGAGCCCGACACCAGUCUCUGCCCCUGGGUGCCCGACGUAACAACAAGGAUCCCACUGGUGGCUCCUGGCAUGCCCCACUAGCCUUCAGACUGAGUUGGCAGCCCCUGUCUCUGCCAGCCGCCACCCUGCACUGUUCCGGCUCCCCCGAGGUCCCCACGCUGCAGUGCGGCCAAGACCCUUCCCCGCAGGGGCCACCCCCACCAACCGCCCCUGGUGCCCGGGGUGGCCCGGCCCGCAGGGCCAUGAAGCUGCAGGCUGUGAUGGAGACUCUCAUUCAGAGGCAGCAGCGUGCCCGGCAGGAACUGGAGGCUCGGCAGGCUCCACCACCCCUACCACCUGAGCCCACCGGAGUCCGGGCGCGAACCACCAUGACAGACGAGGACAGGGAGCCUGAGAAUGCCCGGAUGCAUAGGACGCAGAUGGCCGCACUGGCUGCCAUGCGAGCUGCUGCCGCCGGCUUGGGACAUCCGUCCUCUCCCGGGGGCUCUGAGGAUGGGCCUCCCAUCUCAGGGGAUGAAGACACAGCCCGGGAAGGGACUCUGAGUUCACCUGCCCUGCAUGGAAGUGUCCUGGAGGGAGCAGGACACGCUGAGGGAGAUGGGCAUCUGAUGGACGUGGGCUCUGAUGAUGAUGACACGAAGUCCAAGUGGGAAGAGCAAGAGCUGGAAGAACUGGGGGAGGAGGAAGAGGAGGAGGAAGAGGAAGAUGACUUUGAAGAAGAGGAGGAGGAAGAGGAAGGCCUGGGCCCCCCAGAGUCUGCCAGCCUGGGCCCUGCAUGCCUGUUCACCCGCAAGGCCCCGCCCGCCCAGGCUUUCCGUGGAGACGGUGGUCCCAGGAUGCUGAGUGGCCCUGAGCGCCUGGGACCUGGCCCAGCCCACCCCAGUCAUAUGGCAUCCCAGAUGCCACCACCGGACCAUGGGGACUGGACCUUUGAGGAGCAGUUCAAACAGCUCUAUGAACUGGACGCGGACCCCAAGAGGAAAGAGUUCCUGGAUGACCUUUUCAGCUUCAUGCAGAAGCGGGGCACUCCAGUGAACCGGAUCCCCAUCAUGGCAAAGCAGGUCCUCGACCUGUUCAUGUUGUACGUGCUGGUGACCGAGAAGGGCGGCCUGGUAGAGGUUAUCAACAAGAAGCUGUGGAGGGAGAUCACCAAGGGGCUCAACCUGCCUACCUCCAUCACCAGUGCUGCCUUCACACUUCGGACACAGUACAUGAAGUAUCUUUACCCCUAUGAGUGUGAGAGGCGAGGCCUGAGCAGCCCCAACGAGCUCCAGGCCGCCAUAGACAGCAAUCGCAGGGAGGGCAGGCGCCAGAGCUUCGGCGGCUCGCUCUUUGCCUACUCACCCAGUGGAGCCCACAGCAUGCUGCCCUCACCCAAGCUACCAGUGACUCCCCUGGGCCUCGCUGCCAGCACCAAUGGCAGUUCCAUCACCCCAGCGCCCAAGAUCAAGAAAGAGGAAGACUCCUCGGCCAUCCCCAUCACAGUCCCAGGCCGCCUACCUGUGUCUUUGGCAGGCCACCCUGUUGUCGCAGCCCAGGCUGCAGCGGUGCAAGCUGCGGCAGCCCAGGCAGCCGUUGCGGCCCAGGCGGCCGCCCUGGAGCAACUCCGGGAGAAGCUGGAAUCCACAGAGCCUCCAGAAAAGAAGAUGGCCCUAGUGGCCGAUGAGCAACAGCGACUCAUGCAGCGAGCUGUGCAGCAGAGCUUCCUGGCCAUGACAGCCCAGCUGCCCAUGAACAUCCGCAUCAACAGCCAAGCCUCUGAGAGCCGCCAGGACUCAGCUGUGAGUCUCACCAGUGCCAACGGCAGCAACAGUAUUAGCAUGUCCGUGGAGAUGAAUGGUAUUGUAUACACAGGUGUGUUGUUCGCUCAGCCACCUCCUACAGCACCUUCCGUCCCCGGCAAAGGGGGCGUCAGCAGCAUCGGUACCAACACCACCACGGGCAGCCGGACAGGAGCCAGUGGCAGCACUGGCAGCAGCAGCCAGGUGGGGCUGGCGGGGGUGUCUACAUCCACCGUGUCUUCUACCUCAAACAACUCCUUGCCUUAAAGGAAACCAAGUUGCAUGGCUGCCCACUCGCCACAGGGACCACACGGCCACACAGGGGAACCUGGGACGUCAGAAGAAUCCCAGUGGGCCGGUAGAUUCCCAAGGAGCCACACUGACGCCAAAAAAGAGAGAGAGAGAGAAAGAGAGAGAGAAAGAAAGAAUAUAUAUAUAUAUAUACAUAUAUAGAAAGAUAGAUAGAUGGAGAAACAGAUUUAAUAAAUCAGGGCAAAGCAAAGAACACUUGAAUCUCUCAGGUUUCGGAGACUCCAAGAAACGGAUUUGAUGAGAGCCACCAAGGCAACCUCGAAGCCGAAGGAGGUCCCCUUUCCAGAGGCUUCCACGGGGUUUUGCUUGAGUAGCCCAUUCAAGCACGUCUGUUUACCUCAUGAAUCCCGGCACUGCGUGUUCACAAUUUUUUGUUUUGUUUUUGUUUUUUCUUUUUUUUUUUUUUUUUUUUUGUUCCUUGGUCUUUAGCCAUAGUUCCUUUUGGAAAAACCAACCUUGGAAGCUAUGAAUUUUUCUUUUCUUUUUAAAACAAGAUCUCCGCUUUCAGAACGCAAUUUUAAAAAAGGGUUUGGGGUUUCUGAUUUUGUAAAUAUUCUAUUUUAUUCUUGAGGGCAGGGAUUGGAUUUUAGGAAGAAUCUAUCUGUAUAUCUAUAUAUUUGUGUUCAUUCAGGGAAACAGACUUUUUUUAAAAAAAGAGAAAAGCAAAAUACCAGCCAUGGUCGGUCCCCACCCUUGUCACCCCAGAGCCCUUGCGUGUCCUACAGUGCCCCUGGCUCAGCUAGGAGAUGCUGGCUUUCAGCAGUUUCCACAAUUCUGUCAGGCUGGCCCUGCCCACUGGCUCCAUCAUUCAGGAACCUGGAUUGCGUACCCAGGACACAGAAUGUUCUAGAAACGGGUAGGGGAGCCAUGGAGUGCAGUGGCCUCCUGUGCCUCAGGGAUGAUGGUGCUGGGUCCUCUUUGCCUGGAUAGGUUGCUUUCAAGAGACAGAUGCAACAACGGGCCUAGCUCAGGGCAAGGAUUAGACUUGAGUCACAGCCGCCUGUGUUCCAUCUCUCUUCCUGUCUUUGUCACUCCCCUUGCUGGGACAACACCUGAAUGUGACAGUAGUCAACCAGGAAGGGUCCUGCUGUCUCUCCCAUAGUCCAGCCAAACUGGGCAUGGUGGCACACCCUGUCAUCCCAGCUCUUAGGAGGAUGAGGCAGGGGGAUUGAGAGAGAGUUCAAGGUCAUCCUUGGCUACAUAUAGAGGCUGAGGCCAGCCUGAGCUACUUGAAACCCUAUCUCAAAGAAGCAAAGUAAGACCAGGCUGGGCAGUGGCACAUACCUUUAAUCCCAGCACUCUGUGAGUAGACCAGCCUGGUCUUACAGUUAAUUCCAAGCUGCCCAGGGCUACACAGUGAAAUCCUGUCAAACAACAACAACAACAAAACCAAAAAACUUUGAUUCCUUUUGGCUGGAGCUGCAUACAUACUCUCUGCUGGACGGAGGAACCUGUCCUGGACUCACACUGGUCUCCAUUCCCAAGUGGGCAGUGCUGGGUUCUCCUGGAAGAGGAGUGGUGCAUAUGCAAACCUGGGAGCUGGAACCUGCUUUUUCCUCAGCCCCAGGAGCCAUGAACCCCCGAGUGUAUGCUAUGGGGAUCGGACCCUCUUUCGUCCUCUGUCUCAGGUUGUCAACACACCCCUUCCAUCCUUCCAGGAGGGGGGGUGCUGCCUAUUUGGAGGGGAGGGAGAUCUCAACUUUUCCUUCUGGAAGCUUCUGCCUGCCCCGUUUUGGGGCCACUGUCUUAGCCGCACAAUCAUUCCUGGUCACGGGUGUUGAAGGGGUCCUUGUCCCUUCUGACAACCCUGUCCAAAGUCCACCUCCAUGGGUAACUGGCUCAGGGAUAUAGCAGCCAGCCUCCUGUGUCCCUAGUGGGGUCUAUCUGAGGGGGUCACCUUGGUGGGCACAUGCAAGGCAAAUUUCUUUCUACCUCAGGUCUUUUGAUGCCAAAAAGAAAAAGAAAUGCGCCCAGGUCACCCACUUGUCUGGUCACCUUCUCAAUGCCCAUGGUGGGAACUUGGUGUCCACUUGUAUCUCAGGCUCCGUGAGUGACCAGAAGUGCCAGAUCCUAACUCAGGGGACCUUGCCCCCCAUGGCUCUGUGACUGUAGUGGGGUGCCCCCUGCUGGGCAUACUCAGCAGCCCUCCUUGGUCCUGUCUGUGCCUCAGUUGCCCCAUUAGGCCUUGACAUGGGGUUCAGUUGGCACCCAUGCAGACUGGAGUGGGGUCAGAGCUGGGGUCGUCACUGUCCACCUGGUACCUCAGGGCUUGGCAUGGGGCAGGUGAGACACCCAAACUCAGGGCAAAGGGUGGAGGGGCAGGCACAGGCUGCUUCUAGAACCUUCCUUGGUCACCCUUACGCAGGCCACCAGGCCAUGUGUCUGUCUGUCUGUCCAGCUGCAGUGGGUGGGUAGGGAUGGGGUUUGGGGACAGCUGGGUUAAUGAUUUCUGAGGGUUAUGCAUCUGUACAGUCUAGUUUUUUUUUUCUUUCAUUUUAAUCAUUUUUACACACUUUGGGUUUUUUUUUCCCACCUCCACAUAAUUUUGGCUUUUGUGGAUUUUAUUUUUCCUUCUGGGUAAAUGUGAGCUGGGCUGUUUUGUUAGGAACAGGGGAAUUUUUGUUUCUUGGGGGUGGGAAGGGCUUGUCCGACAGCCUGGGGGUUGCACACAAACUCAGGUAAAAGUGAAAAAAUAAAUAAGUGGAUUUAAAAAAAAUUUAAUUAAAAAAAAAAAGAAAAAAAAAAAGAAAGAAAAAACUGUUUUCUACCUCUGGUCAGGCCCCUGUGGUCAGUUCCCGCCCAGGCUGUGGCCUGCGGCCCACAAUGGUCACAGCUGUGCGGAAUAUUCAGGAAAAUUCAGCUAUUAACAGGAAAACUCAGACAACAAUGGGGGAAGGUGUGAUUUUUGAAAUUACAAAAAAAAAAAAAACACUGAAAGUUUACAUUUUAUGACCUUAUUGUGGAUUGUAUUUAAACCUCAGAAAUAUUUAACGGGAUUGUAACCCUGUAAGUCAGUGAUAUUAAAGAGUUGAGACGCUUCUGUGAAAGA